CAAGGAAGUGAAACAACAAACGUUAUUGAAGCUACCUCAGCAGAGGGUUAACAUCACAGACACAUACAGAUAUGGGGGACCUUCCUGUCAAUCCGCUGGUUCUGAUUGGUGUGGGCUCUAGCUUCGCCUUCUCUGGCCUUUUCUAUCAUCUGUACAAAGGGAAGAAAGAAGAGUUGAAGAAGCUAAAGGAAAUACCCAUAUUCAAGCCAGAUCAGCAUUUGGUGAAAGUACUGAAAGCGUCUCCUCACAGGCGGCUUCAGUAUGUUGCUGUAGAAGGUCUGGUGCAGGCGGAUGGGGAGUCUCUGGCAAGUCAGUUUGUCCCUCGUUGUUACGGUGUGAUUCAGAAGAUCGCAGUGGAGGAGCAGUGGAAAUUCUGGAACUCCCUCACCAAGACAUGGAAUUCGCGGACAAUAAACAGAAAAGAAACCAACAACUCUGUGCCGUUCAGUCUGGUCAGCCCUGGGGCCUUCUUCGAUGACUUGUAUGUGAAGGUUCAGAACCCUCUGGAGGCCUCCGGGUGCUACCUGGACAGGGUGUACUUCAAAAAGAGUCGGGCCGAGAAGGGCUUGGCAGACAUGGUGAUGAAUGGCAUCCUCGGGGAGGAGCCAGUGGCCAUGGAGGUCAGCGAGGAGCUGCUGCGGGUGGGGAGCACCCUGACUGGAUAUGGGGAGGUGGUGCUGGAGGGAGGGCAGGUGAUGAGGCUGCAGGCCCCGCAGGACGGCCGCAAGUUCAUCCUGGUGCCCACCGACCACCGGAGCUUCAUGGACGGGCACGAGAAGUCCGCCAGUAUGUGGAAGAUGCUGUCGGCUGUUACUGGCAUCACAGGGGCCGCUAUUCUAACCAAGGUCAUCUGUGGGUUAGUGGGGAACCAGGAUGGAAAAUCCAAGAAGGCCUGAAGACGAUACUGUAGCUUUAACGGCUUUGUGACCGCUUUAUAGCUCUUCAAAAACUGCCUCAGGUUUUUUGUUUAGAUUCCACAGCAACUUCCUGAUGCUAAGAUAAUGUAUCACUUGUCAAAACUUCCUCAAGUAUUUUAUCUAGAUUCCUUAGAUCCAUAAUGAUGCUAAGAUUAUUAGUCAGUGUCAUCUUGUAAGUUUUGUUUUCCCAUUAAAGUAGCAGUUACAGUGGCCUGUGAGGGUCAAUUCACAACAUUGGACAGAUUUUGGCCACUUUAUGAUGUCAUAACGAUUUCUUGGCUUGUGUAACCAUUGGUAUUUGGAGCAAAACAUUUCAGAGACAUGUUCUGUAUAUAUCUGAGACCUAUAAUAUUUUGAUGAAAAUAAUAGGGGACCUUUAAAGAAGGGAUAGGUGAUAGGACUAUUUUAUGUAUAGCGUAAAAAACUUUAUAAAAAAUAUUUUUUAUAAAGUUUUUACGCUAUACAUAAAAAUAGUCCUAUAUAUAGCGUAAAAACUUUAUAAAAAAUAUUUUUGAUAUCGUUUCAAUCCCAAUGUUGAAAUCAGCAAACUAACUUUAUUACGGCAAAAUGUAGGCAAUUUGGACGACGCUUAAAAUUCUAAUCGUGGCUCGAGAUGCGCGGUUUGGCUAACAUGUAGAGGACACAAAUUAGCUCUUACUUCUGCUUGGCUACACAAAGUUUGAUGCACACAAAAACCCUUCUCUAAAAUGUUGACACAUCCUCUGCAGGCUAUUUGUUGUCAAUAACUAUAAUGUGAGUUUUUCCUUUCUAUAUCUUACAACACACAGAGAUACGCUUCCAAUUUUUUGUCAAUGUCAUCUUGUAAGUUUUGUUUUCCCAUUAAAGUAGCAGCUACAGGGGCCUGUGAGGGUCAAUACACAACAUUGGACAAAACAUAGAAAGCACAGGAAUUUAUAAAACAUUUACAAAUUUGGAAAAAAUACACUCAAAAAUAAAGCUGAACAGAAUCUUAGAUGUUGAGACAUUUCCCACAUUGUGAUUAUAAUGUGCUCAAUGUAUUUGUUAAAGUGUUUUGAUCCAAUGUUGUUCUGCUGUGACGGGCACUACUUUUCUUGAAACCACCAUGAAAAUAUUUUUGAUUUCUCCUGCAGUCACUGGGACAUUUUGAAUAGCUGAAAACUAAUGACACCUCAGAGGAGGACACAUUAAAUGUGGCAUAUUUGAGUAUUGUUAAACUAUUGAAUCAAGGGAACAUUUUUGUAAUUCAAUUGUAUUUUUAUAAUGUAAGAUAAAAUCUUUUUUUUGUGGA